AUGGCAUUCUACUGUGCAUUCACAACUACUACAACGACAACGACAUCAUCACAUCGUUCACACAAUGAUGCAGCCGACAACAACAUUGGCAUCACAUCUUCAUGCUUUCUAAAUCUAAACGAACAUAUAGCGAUAAAUGAUAGUUGGUUACAUUAUUUCACAUCGUUGAUAAAGACCAAGAGCAAAGAUACAUGUAUCUUUAGAAUCAAGUCUUACAAGUCAAAGUUUACCAACGCGACGUCUGACAACAUGUCUGAAAGUGGCGGCGGCUGGUCGUCAUCUAUUGGCAUCAACAAGUUGCAGACGACCGAUCCCCUGCUAGGCGGGUCCAAACACUCAAACAAGCGAGCGAUGGAAGUACGCAAUGGAUUCUUUGUCGAUGAUCUGGACGUGGACAAUGAGGAGGAGGACAAGGACAUAAUAUUACGCUAUCGUUAUCAGAAGGACUUUGUGUUGGUCAAGGAUGGCAGGCCACAGAUUGUCACGCUGUGUCCAGACUGGGGACUACCAUUCCAUUUCAAGGAGAUAUCAAUACCCGCUUCAUCGUCCCCAUCAUCAGUUCCACCACCAUCGAGAAAGCAAAGGAAUGCCAAUCACAAACAAUCAUCAUCGUCCAAUUCACAGUCCUCUUCUGGUUCAUCAUGGGGCAGUAACUGUUCACUUAUGUAA